AUGGCUUUCUUGCAACUCCCACUUGAGAUCCUUUCCAUCAUUCUAGGAGCGCUGGGCGUGCAAGAUCUGCUGCGAUGCGGAGAGACUUGUCAGGUAUUACAUACUGCAGUCUCCAACAUCCCUACCCUUCAGUACAUUCUUGCAUUAUCUGCAUAUGGUCUUGUCGAUAACGUGUCCAACACCAAACCCAUCACCGAGAAACUUGAGCGCGCGCGCCUCACCUAUCGCGCAUACCGCGACUUCAGAUGGAUUCCGCAUCUCGCCAUCUCUCUAGAUGGACAAUACAUCGAACAGCCGAGCUCUCCGAUGGUCCUGAGAAGCGCAACGAGCACGCGACUCACCCUGAUGCUCUUCGGGUCCCUCGUGCGUGAUGCUCCGGAUCGACAAUGGACGGUGAAUCCGCAACCCGCGGCGGCGUUUUCUCGCACGAUCAACGUAUCUGAGGACCUACUCGUGCUGCAAACGCAAAACAUACAAGGCUCAUGCUUUCAUAUUCGGACCGUAUCCGAUGGAGCCGCACACCCUCAAGCAGCUCUCCCCUCCUUCCCCGGUGGAGUGCUGGGUGUCGCUCAUCAAUCGUAUGGGCCAUAUCUGCUGAUGCCGGGGGCCAAUAAUGUGCAUACUAUCUGGAAUUGGAAGACGGGAAUGGUUGUGUCUGCGAUACGCUGCCAUUACUCCGCCAUCGCUUUUCUGGAUGCCGAACAUAUUGCACUACUAUGCCUCACCGACUUAGGGCAAUUCAUGCAUGUAUAUCAUUUACCCUCCAUCAUCUUCGAUGUCAACGCUGGGAUCAUGCACCCGCCACAGUAUGCAUUCGGUCUUCCAACGCUCGACCCAGCGGUCAUGCCGCUGGCGUGUAGCUUACUUCGCGGCCCAGCAUCUCCAUAUGCAACUGCUGGCUCUCCUACACCGACCGGAACCUGCUAUACCGAUCCGGAGGACGUGUUACUGAUGGUGAAGUACGAACAGGUACUACCGCGACGUCAGUAUGCGCUCGCGAUCCGCUUGCGUUCUCUUCUCCAGUUGCUCACACCCGCACAUAUGACUCACACUACGCCAUGGGGGGAAUGGGGUCCACGACAUGCGCACGCGUUCAGGCUGUCCCAGCGCCGGACAAGUGAUUGGGACAAACACAGCAUAUUCGGUAUGCGCAGGGUUGAUAUGUAUCCUACUGUGACGCCCGCUGGUAUAUUGGUAGUCGCGAUACGUGACUAUCAUAAACGCCGCGUAGCUCUUGCUCGGCAGGAAACGCCUCCGGAGAACGGAUCUUGGAUCCUUGUUGAAGAGGGUAAUCUGGACGGGGCCUGGCUCGGGAUGAACACCCUCGAUACUUGCAUGCCCUAUGUGGAGACCACAGUGCCAUUGCCCCCAGAGCUUCAAUCUCAGCGCAAUGCGGCCAUCGUAUUGAGUAUCAACGACGACGGGAUCAUCGCAAGCACGGGAUUCGUUGGUUCAAAUGCGACUAUUGCGCAUGUUUAUGCACUACGACUACGUCUCUCCGUCUAUUUCUCCUCUCAUACAAUGUAUGAAGCUCCGCUCUGCAUUCGCUAUGUACUCUAUCUACACUACGAGAUUUGA